AUGAGAUUGGACAAAACAAUCCAUCAAUCAUUCGGCCACCCUGUCACGGAUACCACCACCCCGGUAUAUCAGGUGACUUGCCCAGAGGAUUUGGAGCCCAAGGAUCAAUGGAUGGAAGAGUUGGAGCAACUCGUUGACAAGUGGAUCGAGCCUCAGUUGACUACAGCCCAGCGGAUGAGAAAUGGAGAAACAUUGUCUCCUGGUUUUGCCCUUUUAGUCAGGAAAGGUGAAGAUGGACAGCCAUGUCACAAUAUGUUUAUUUCCAAUUUGGUCUUGACCAAACCGGAUAUAUUGGAACCCAAUACGUGUGGAACUUUGGCUCCCCUUGGGGAAAUUGUCAUCAAUGAUCUUGCGCACCAGUAUGUUACCGAUCCCAUAAAAUAUACCCAUUUUCUGUUGGGAUCAAUGUCCGGACAUACUUCUGCGUCACCUUUGACUGGUGAUCAAAUCAAAUUUGCCAAAGCUCUUCUUCCUGUUUUGUUGACAGACGGCAAUGCAAUUGGGAAUAAACCAUUCAAUGGCGAUGUUUGGAAAAUUCUUUUCUUCCCAACCAUGUCUGCUUGCCCUGUAGGUUUUGUUUGGCCCGCAAGCGACGGUUUUGACGAGUUUCAGAAUAGUAUUUCUAAUCAGGAAAAGGUAUUCUCGGGUCUUCUUCACCUAUUGAAGACACGGAAGACACUUAUUGAAUCCUGGUUCACAGCAAUUAAAGACAGUCCUGCAAGUUCUGCUGUCCCAGUGGUAAACGCUAUGCUGCUCCGGUAUUCUUUCCCCACCAAGGAUGAUCUUGAUGACAAUCAAGUCUUGGAUAAGGCCUUGCUCGGCCCAUUCCAAGAAAAAAUGGAUUGUUUCAUCAGAAGCCAUCUAAUGCAAAUCAUUUAUUGCAGUAAAUCUUUGCCAACGUCACCUCUUGGAUUCAAGAUGCAUGCUUGUGUCAAGAUGCACAAUAUGCAUGUAUCAGAUUCCUUUCCUGAAGCUUUGGGUACAACUUUACCUCCUGAAUGUCAAGCCUUUGUCAACUACCUCUUCCCAAAUGAAGAUGAAGACAAGUCAUGGGAUGGUCCUGACCAAGGAUGGCAACUUUGA